UGUGUCAGAAUCAAAGCCAGCCUGUGUGUGUGGACCGCUCCUCCGACGUGCUGCUCUGCUUGGUGAGGAGGUGGGACCAGUUUCCAGAGGCGGGUGCAAAGAGUGAUCUCACCCAGACGGGGUGGGAGGAGUGAGUGACGUCUUUCUGGUAAAAGUCAGAAAGGGAGGGGAAGGGCAGAGGGAGAAAAAGGAAGCUCUCCGAUCAGUAUUUUGUGUAUAUUUGAACUAAAGUUAAACAAACUUGGACAAACUGAAGCUUGUGCCUGGAGGAGCGGAGGGGGUCGGGAUGCUGGACCGGGGGAUCUGAUGGACAGGAAGGACAGCACUUUGUCAGCAGUUGUGCAAAGCUGAUGACAACAUAAAUUAUUAACACUUUUACAGGCCUCAGGCCUCGAGUGACCACAGAAAGGUAAGCAGAAGGAAAAUCGUUCUUCCUUGGAAACUUUCAGAGAUGGAGGGGUGUGUGUGUGUGUGUGUGUCGUUAUGCUCAUCUCAUGUCUUUGCUUGUGGGUGGAAAAUUCCCGGAGUGUGUUGUGUGUGAACUUACAGUUGAUUGUUUGACGCUGGGUGGAAGAACAGGAACAGAGCUGUGUUACAGCUCAGCCUGAAGGGACUCCUCAGUGUUUGUGUUGCCUCUCUGACCCAGGAGCACAAAAACUCCUGUUGAUUCAGUCAUUUUCCCUUCUGACCCCUCAGAUCCUGCACAGAAAGGGGGGAUAAAAGCAAAAACCAUGUCUUCUGACCUGGACUCCAGUCUCACCAGCAUCGACUGGCUGCCCAAACUGGGAAUCAGCAGCCUGCGCUCGGGGAAAGAGAGGGGAGGGGGAGAGAAGAAGAGAGACAGAGGGAGGGAGAGGGGGGACUUCAUACCCUCAGUGCCGAGCCCCUCGCCCUCAUACUGUAAAGGGAAGCCCCCUCACAGCUACGCCACCCUCAUCGCCAUGGCCAUAGCGGCUGCACCUGAGAGGAAGCUGAGCCUGAACGACAUCUACACCUGGAUCAGCGACACCUUCCCGUACUACAGCCGGGCGGGCCGAGGAUGGAAGAACUCCAUCCGACACAACCUGUCCCUGAACAAGUGCUUCAGGAAGGUUCCUCGCCCACAGAGCGACCCUGGCAAGGGCUCCUAUUGGACGAUGGAUGGACCAUCAGAUGUGACUGAAGUGAGGGCCCCUAAGCGACCCUAUCCCAAAGAUGAUGAAGACGACGAAGAAGAAGAGGAGGAUGAGGAUGUUCCUCAGCCGGCUCAGACAGACGCAGCGAGAGGACCGUCUCCUCAUCAGACUCUAAGUUCUCCUUUAGUGGGACCCCCUCAGCGGCACUCCCCCCACUCUCCCGUCCCGUACAAGCAACCGUCACCUUAUGUGCCAGCCCACACUCCUCCUGCCUCCUGUUUAUCUGUCCCCCAAUCAGCCGGGCUUUCACCUGCGGCCCCGGGGUCACCCAUCAGCUCCUUUGCUCCUCCCCACCCGCUUGGCUCCGCCUUUUCCCACCCCACCGUGUCUGUUGCUCCAUCGCCUGCCGUCAACGUGUCCUCGGCCUCUCCAGCUGCGCCCUCGUUCUCUGAGGCGGAGCUGUCCUUCCCCGCCGCUGUAGGUCCGCUACCUGUCCCCAAUCCGCUACCUGUCCCCAAUCCGCUACCUGUCCCCAAUCUCCUACCUGUCCCCAAUCCGCUACCUGUCCCCAAUCUCCUACCUGUCCCCAAUCCGUUACCUGUCCCCAAUCUCCUACCUGUCCCCAAUCCGCUACCUGUCCCCAAUCUCCUACCUGUCCCCAAUCUCCUACCUGUCCCCAAUCCCCUACCCGUCCCCACUUUUUCCUGCAACUCCACGCUGUCUGUUUACUCCUCCUCAUCUUCAUCUACAUCUGCCGUUGCUGUUGCAUCAUCGAACGCCUCCACCGAUCCCCCACUGCGUUUCUCCUUCGAUGAGCUGAACAUACCCGACUUGUACGCGUCUUUCAAGUCUCUGUUUAAGACCAUGCGAGAGAGAGGGGGGUCGCUCUCUGAUGUGGUUCCUCUGGUUCUCCCGAGUAAUGACACUACACCACUUCAUACUCCCACUCUGCUGCCGAUGUCCCCCUAUCCAACACCUGCACCACCUGCAGCACCCGCACCACCUCCAACAGCUGCCCAGGCUGCACACCCGCCUGAAACCGAGCGUAUUCCACAAUGCACAGUGCCGCCCGACUGGUUCAGUAACACAGACUCUCUGAAGGAGAGCUUUCGAAUCGCCAGCAACCUGGACUGGGCAAAUAUAGACCUCUCUAGUCAUCCAGACCUGCUGGAGAGCAUGAAGAAGGCGGAGCUCUGCGACUGGGCCCUGGACCCGGCACUCUUCACGUCCCUCUGUGACUCUCUGAACCGCUUCUUUUUCGACAAAGGCAUGAUCAGCUCCGCCAGCAGCUCCCCCGUCACACCCGGUGCGCCUCACCCGCUGCAAGCACCGCCGCUGGCGUCCCACCCACCCCCUACCCUCACCAACCUCACCCACCCUUCACCCCUCCCUUACCCCCCUGCCGGUCUCCCCACCAACGGAUCCCAGCCGCCUCACAGGCCUCUGUCUAUGCAAGGACCUGUUUUUCUGAGACCACAUUUGGUACACCCUGCUAACACAGCUCCUGGGAUCCAGCCUCAGGCUGUGGUGCCACGACCACGUCCCCCACUAAAGCAUCUGAAAAGCAACAGUGAAGAAUUCCAGGAUGACUUCGACUGGGAUUCUCUCGUUUGACUCUGACUGUCUGGAGAAUUAUAAUAAAAGAAAUCUUGCUUUUUCCAGAAGCAAGUCUGGAAUCAAGCUGGUCAUAUGGCUGAAUGUGUGUGCUGUAAUGAUUAUUCUGUUGUAGGUAAUAGUUGAAAUUUAAAAAUGUAAAACUUCAAAAAAAGUGUCCAUUUUCUCCAGAGGAUAAAGUACGAAGGAAGUAGCACACAAAUCUCGUGUUUUUGUUUUAUUUCAUAAAUUUCUUUAGAUUUUUUUCUUAAUAUUUUUGUUUUUAUUUUUCAAAUGUGAAUGUUCACAGUUGACACCACACAAAAAUUCAACCUUACCCAAUAAAAGAUUUUUUUUGUUAUAAAAUAAUAAAUUCAUUAAACUAAAAGUAUGGAG